GAUACGCACACAAUAUCUAUGUAGACCGACGCAUAGCCUUCGCUUAGCAGGCACCGGUUCCUUUACCGGAUCAGACAACGGACCGGGACCGACAAUGGACCUAUUCGAGUUUGACUUCUUUCGGGACUGGGAGCUGGAGCAACAGUGCCAUUUUGAGCCGGACCGCAGCGCUCUGAAGAAGAGAGAGUGGGAGAGGAGGACACAGGAAGUGCAACAGGACGAGGACCUCUUCUCCACUGGCUUCAACCUGUUUGGAGAGCCCUACAAGACAAACAAAGGCGAUGCCCUUGCCAAUCGAGUGCAGAACACCUUGGGGAACUACGACGAGAUGAAGGAGCUCCUGACCAGCCACUCCAACCAGAGCCACCUCGUUGGCAUCCCCAAGAACUCCGUCCCCCAGACCCCCGGCCCGGAGAGGAACCCCGCCGACCAGGCCGGCUUCUUCCAGCCCGAGGCCCAGAGAGGAGGGGGCAGAGCAGGCACAGCAAGCGGGAGCCUCCACACCACCUCCACCAGCUCUGGAUCCAUGCCCCCUCCCCCCAUCUUCCUCCCGUCUGGUGGCCUCACGCAAGGGCACCAGAGCUCCAAGAAGUCCCGGUCGUCCGAGGGGAGCAGGGGAGGUCACGGGUCGAGUGGUGCCCAGGGCCAGGGGCUAGGUCUGGGGGGUUGCAGGGGAAAACCCCAGGUCCAGGACACCCAGAACCAGAGACACGAGGACCUGUUCAGCAUCCAGGCCGACAGCCUGAUUGGCACCAAGGCAGACUCCAGCCCCGCCUCUUCCUCCUCUAGCUCCUCCCUACCCAGGAGACAUGCCCCGCCCACCAAGCCCAGCUCCUCCUCCUUGGUCCUGGAGCACCUUAAAUCCUCCCCGUUUGAGCAGGAGGCGGGGUCUCACAUCUCCUCGUCCCCAUUGGCCUCCACUUCCCUCCUGGCACGCCCAGCGGCCUGACCCACGCCCACGGCAAGUGGUUAACCACACCCACUUCCGGGGACUCUGGCUGUGAAGCCCAGUGCUCCCUUACAAAAGCCCACCGCCUAUGUCCGCCCUAUGGACGGGCAGGACCAGGUGCCCAACGACUCACCUGAGCUCAAGCCCCCCCUAGAGGUGGGCGACGGGUACACAAACCCAGCCUACGGUUCAAGCACAGCCAGCUCCAAGAACAAGCUGCCCAAGCUGACCCUAACCCAGACAGGAGAGGUAAGUGGCUUUCCUCCCCUGGUUUUCUACAAAGACUGGCUUUGGUUCGGCAAGCUAGGCAGGUUCUUUGCGUGCUGGUUGACAUUGGGCUUGCAGUGCGUAACUGCGGUGGUUUGCCCCCUUCCAGCCCCUACCAAACGUUGCAAUGUUCCGGGUAACAAGCCGGCAACCAAGUCCGUGCCACAAAAAUCAAUGCUGGAGGAUGAUUUGAAGAUCAGCAGUGAUGAGGAGGACAGUGAACAACAGGUGUCUGACAAGACCAAACCCAGGACAAGCACCCUGAGCCUGCCGGUGGUGGUGUCCCGCUCGGCUGACCAGGGGCACUCCAGCGGCGCCUCAGGCAGUUCCAGCGAAUCGGAGAGCAGCUCCGAGUCCGACUCCGACAGCGAGAGCAGCUCCAGCGACAGCGAGUGCAACGGCGCCUCCCGAACCGCGACCCCCGAGCCUGAACCUCCAUCCACCAACACGUGGCAGCUAGACAAGUGGUUGAACAAGGUGACUCCCCAUAACAAGUCCCUGGUAACCCCUCAGCCAGAGAGCCAUGUUCCUCCCGUUAGCUCCCAGCCCACCCACACCCACAACCUGGCCUCCGAGAGCCCCGCCCCAGGGGUUAAGGCCAAACCUGGCAACCCAACCCCGUCCCUGGCCCUGCCUGAUCCUAAAAACCCACGAGGGCUUCUCAGUCCCGACAAAGCCAAGCCAAAAGCGGGCCAGAGGGCACCCGAGGGGCAAAGGUCAAAGGGCAAAUUGCCAAGUGUGGCGGGGGCGGAGCCAGCGGCACCUCGGCGGAGCACGGGCAAGAAACAGCCCAGGAAGGUAGAGCGCUCGUCCAGCCUGGAUGACCAACAGCAGCACCACCCACCCUGGCCCAGACCCACCCACUCCAGUCUCACCACCAACCCCCCCAGGGAAAAGGACCCCCCACCUCCACCCCUCCCACUGGAGGCCCCCCGACCAAGGACCAAGACCCCAAGCGGGAAGACAGCCCCAAGGAAAGAGCCCCGCAGCACCAGCACCACCCCCACCCCUCCUGCCCCUGCUCCUCCAGCACCCCUUCCUCCAGCGCCCCCAGCCCCGCCCGUGGACAAGAAGAAACACAGGGGACCCAGCAAGAUCGUCCCCAAGUCGAAAGAGUUCAUCGAGACAGAGUCGUCCUCCUCGUCCGAGUGCCACUCGGAUCCGGAGGAGCCAGGGAAGGUCCAGCUGCCCCCGGGCCCAGGACCCAGCACCACGGGCAGCCUGGGCAGCUUGGGAGGCCUGAAGCCCAAGGAAUGUAUCACUCUGGGAAGCACCAACCUGAGCGUGAGCAGCCUGGGAAGCUCCAGCAGCACAUCCAUACCGGACCCUGGAGGGGUAGGGGACUUAGAAGACCCCGAGGCCCUGUUCUCCCCCACCCCGCUGGGCCAAACCCACCUCCUCUCCCCCCUAAGGGACCUGGAGCACAUGAAGUCCCUCUGGGUAAAGAUUGAGCUCAGCUUCCUGACUAGGAUACCCGGGCAAGAAGUGUCCCGCAACCCCACGCCGCCCCCGCCACCGGUUGUUGUGCACGCGGUGUCUGCCAAGGUGGCGGAAACGAGGGAGAGUGGAGCCAAGCACAGGCGGCAGUCGCCGUCUUCCUCGACCCCUGUCCAGAAGCCCCCUAGCAAGAGCAAGAGGAAACACAAGUCUGAGCAUUGUGAAGCGGUCAACGGUAGCAAGAAGCUUCGCUUGGAGGCUGACUCCCUGCUCCUGCCUCCCUGCAUCUUGCCGAUACACAACCACAAGAGCUCCGGCACAAAAGACUCCUUAAGGAGACAGUCCAGGAAGGAGAAACUGCUUCCCCCCUUGCUGUCGCCCCUCUCCGACGAGCCCCCACGACAAGGCAGACCCAGCGAGUGUAGCUCCUCUUUUGGCCAGGACGGUGUGACCAGCGGCCCCACCACCAGCACCUUCCCUGCCCUGGGCCUCUCCCUGCCCCCCUCCUCCUCCUCCUCCUCCACGUCCUCCUCCUCCUCUCACAAACACCGCAGGGGAGACAGCAAAGCCUUUUCGCAUUCUAAGACGAGCAGUGAGGAGGACACCCACGGCAAGCCCUGCAGCGGUUUCCACGGCAACGGCCAGUCGGACUCGGAUAUGUGGUCGAACCCGUCGUCCAUGUCCACGGAGCACGCAGAGCCGCGGAGACCCAAGCUCACGUUCAACAACACGGUCCACAGUGCAGACUACUACAUGCAGGAGGCUAAGAAACUGAAGCACAAGGCCGACGCACUGAUGGAGAAGUUUGGCAAGGCGGUGAACUACGCCGAUGGAGCGCUGUCCUUCAUCGAGUGUGGCAACGCCAUGGAGAGAGACCCGCUGGAGGCCAAGUCUCCCUACACCAUGUACUCUGAGACCGUGGAGCUCAUCCGGUACGCCAUGAGGUUAAAGAACUUCACGAGUCACUCGGCGACGGUUGCCGAGAAGAAAUUAGCCGUGUUGUGCAAUCGCUGUUUAUCUCUGCUGUACCUGAGAAUGUUCAAGCUGAAGAAGGACCAUGCUGUGAAAUACUCUCGUUCCCUCAUGGAGUAUUUCAAGAACUCUUCCAAAAGUUCCCAAGCACCUUCACCCUGGGGAGCCAAUGGGAAGAGUACCGGCACCCCGUCGCCCCUGUCUCUGAGUCCGUCUCCGGUCAGCUCCGUCUGCAGUAGCGGCGGCGGCGGCGGCGCGUCCGGCCAGACGGGCUCCGCCCCCUCCGGCAGCGUGGCCAUCCCCCAGAGGAUCCACCACAUGGCGGCCAGCCACGUCAACAUCACCAACAACAUCCUCCGCAGCUACGAACACUGGGACACCGCAGAGAGACUGGCCGCCGAGAGCCAUGAAUUCUUUGAGGAGUUGGACUCAGUGCUGGAGCCUCUGAGCCAGCUGAGCAGCAUGACUGACCUGGUGCGCUACAUCAGACAAGGACUUCACUGGCUCAGGAUCGAGGCUCACCUUUUAUAGUGCCGGUCGACUAGGACCUGGGACUGGGCCUUGGACUGGAGCUAGGACUAGGUUUGGGUCUGAGUUUGGGAUUAUGGUCUGGGAUGAGAACUGAAGCCAGGGCCUGUGAUUGGAGUUUGAACCUAGGAUUUGGCUUGAGGCUGGACUAGUCCCGGGCUUGGGACCACAGUGCAACUGGACCUGCCACUGUCUCACAUCCAUCGCUACCUCCACCAGCAUCUCUUCUGUUCAACCACAACCCACUUACCAGCCAGCAUCUCCCUACCUUCUGACCCAAAUACCCCCAUACCCAGUAAGUCAGUAUUUCCCCACAACACAUCAGAACAUCAAAGGUCUCCAGUUUCCUUCAAGUUCACCAUCAGCUCUGUGUCUGCGUCCCCUGUUCUCCCUACUGACCUUGUCCUCCGUUCUGAUGGUCACAACCUCCUUCACAGUAAAGGACCCAAGGCUGACUUGCCCAGGUCUGUUGGAGGUAGGAUCUCUCACCAAGUCAUGCGCCACAUGGUGAAAUCCAAUAACUUUCCUGUUUUAACUGAAUUUGUUCAACAACCAACCAUACCGACAAAAACUACAAACUGGUAAUCUGGAAACUUCUGUUAUUGCUUCUGAGGGUUAGGUUUCUGAUUUCUCAUCCCACCUACCUGCUGUGGUGUGUGUAGAUCACAACUCUUUGAUAAUAAAUAUGGGCGGGUUCAUUUGUGUAUGUUCA